CAUUCAACGACAGAUGUCGCCACUUGGGGCUAUGUCUGAAUUGGAGAUUUGCAGUUUUGCGUACAAGGGGGAGUUAAAUCAAUUUAAAAACAAAAUAAUACAAAACAAUGAACUGUUAGAGAAAGCCGACCAGUCUGGACGUGUACCUCUUCACUGGGCAGCAUGUGGCGGUCGCACUGCAAUCGUGGAAUUCCUGUUGAAACAAAACGUGAACAUCGAUCCCCGGGAUGAUACUAACUGGAGUCCGCUGAUGAUUGCUUCGUCCGCCGGCUGCCUGGAGAUCGUCGCGGAGCUGAUCGCGCGUGGGGCCCAGGUCAACGCCGUCAACACGACGGGACAGGCUGCUCUGCACUACGCUGCUUCCAAGGAUAGGUACGAGAUCGCAGAGAAGCUGCUGUUGAGUGGAGCUGACGUGAAUGUGGUCGACCAGACGGGCCACACGCCCCUGCACAGGGCCGUGUGCAAGGGCAACACGAAGGUCGUCAAGCUGCUCUUGCAGUACAUAUCCAACGUAAACGGCAAGGAUGUCGAAGGCAACACGCCACUUCACCUGGCAUGUCAAGAGGAGAGAGCAGAGGAAGCUAUGCUGCUUGUACAGAGAGGAGCAAGAACAGAACUCCUUAAUAUGGAAGAGAAAACGCCCCUGUGUUACGCGUCGCAGCGAUUAAAGGCCAGAAUCAGACGUCUGGAACAGUAAUCUCGCGUUUCAUGACGAGUGAGCAAAGACCGAUGUGACCGGAAGUCUUCGUCGCCACGUUACCUAUACAGAAUGGCGCCAUGGAAUAUUUCCUUUAAAGAUCAAUUAGUUAACCGCGUUUUGAAAUUGAGUAUUUAUUAAGGCAGUGGCUACGGGUACGGUAGCCGUAUCUUAAUGUCUCGAGGCUACGGGUACGGGCGUCCAUUCGCUUUCAUACUUAACGAGACAAAGAUGGCGGCGGUGGCGCCAGAUUUCGAAAUAACGCCUUGGGAAAUAAAUUCACGAUUUGAGAGUUUAGAUGAGCUAGAACCCUAACCCUAACCCUAACCCUAACCCUAAACCUAAUCCUAACCCUAACCCUAACGCCAAAAAGGGGCUUCAACGACCGACGGCUACCGUACCUCCAGCCACUGCGAUUUAUUAAUCGUUAAUUGCCAUAUUCAUGAUAUUGAACGACGAGGAGAAUUGUGUUACAAAAGCGAAUUUUAUGUUAUUCUUUGGUAUGCAGCAGCAAAGGUUUUAAUAAAUUGUGUUCAGUAAAAAA